AUGUCUUCGUCGUCCCCCUUUAUCACAUUUCUACUUCGCGAUUUCGCAAGAUUACAAGAAAAUGCAGAAGAUUACGACUGCACUAUCAAGGUUGUAAAAGACGAAAAUGCUAAGUCGUUUCGUGCACACUCUGUAAUUUUGCGUGCUAGAUCGCCACACUUUCAAAAGAUUUUGUCAAAAGAAUCGUUGGCUGCCGAUUUUAGAAAUGGUGGUAUGAAUGGCACUGCGAAACCUCGUAAACAAAAAAUAAUUUCGGUUUUAAUGGAGAAGAUUUCGCCGUUUGCUUUUGAAGUUCUUUUAAAGUAUAUGUAUACUGGGAAUCUAGAAUACGAAAAUUAUAAAGCUUCAGAUGUUCUCGAAAUUCUGACCACAGCGAAUCAAUUAGGGCUCGCAGAACUUGUGGACAUUUUACAAGACUACUUAAUUGAACGUAAAACCGGAUGGCUUCAGCAGAAUUUCGCCUCGACAUAUAAUGCAGCUUUUAGUCACCCUUCACUUAAGAAAUUACAACAAUUAUGUAAUAGAGUUGUUGACAAAUCACCGGCAACAAUCUUACGUGCUCUCGACUUCAAUAAGUUGACGCCGGAUUUUGUGAUCUCACUGAUGGAACGAGAAGAUUUGGUCGAGCUUGAAGAAAUACAUAUUUGGAAUAAAAUUAUCGAAUGGGGAAUUGCGCAAACACCGUUUCUUCCUACAAAUGUUUCGGAAUGGUCGGCUGCUGAAUUUAUUGUUUUACGUACAACGCUUCGACCAAUUCUCCUUCUUGUGCGAUUUCUAGAGAUUUCGCGGGAGGAUUUUCUUGAGAAAGUUGCGCCGUUUCAACCAAUUUUUCCAAAUCAACUUUAUGCUGAUAUAAUUAUGGCGCACUCAAACCCAGAAUAUACGCCAGUUACUCCGAUUCUGUCAUCACGUUCUCCUUCGUUCAAAAUAAAUUCCGCGCUUAUGAAUGCUAAACACGCAUCCUGGUUAGCAAGCUGUAUUGAUCGAAAAGAUGAAGACAGUGACAGUUUUAUUUUCUCACUGGGUGACGAUAAUUUAAAUGACGCGAUUCUCAGUCGUAUCGAGAAUCACGAGUACGCCAUAUGUCAAGAUGCGUCGGAGGGUCCUUCUUUCGGAGUUGACAUCGUGCUGCGUGGCGAUUUCAAAGAUCCGAAACAGUGUUAUUGUAAUAAGAAUGUUUACGAGUAUAGUAUCAUGGAAGGAUCGGAUCAUGAGCUUGUGUACUUUGCAAUCGAAGAAUAUGAAGUAUUUCAAGUUGUAAAGAAAAGAGCAUAG